AUGGAACAGUUCGCACAACAACGAACGGGCGAUCCGAAAUCACAAGAUCCAGUUGUACAUGACAAUGGAGUUACCUAUUUGUUUAUUAAGCAUAAUAAUGUUUAUUUGAGGACUGCUUCCAGACAGAACUGCAACACUGCAAGCCUUCUCAUCUUUCUUCAUCGUUUUUUUAAGCAUUAUUUUGAAGAUCUAGAGGAAGAAUCACUGAGAGAUAACUUUGUUGUUGUGUAUGAAUUGCUUGAUGAGAUGAUAAACUUUGGUUAUCCUCAGUAUACAGAAGCAAAGAUUCUCAUUGAAUUUAUCAAGAUUGAUGUUUACGGUCUGGAAGUUGGUCAAAGGCCACCCAUGGCUGUGACAAAUGUUGUAUCUUGGCGUAGCGAUGGCAUACAAUAUAAGAAAAUGAACCAUGGCCAAAUUAUUAGGUCAGAUGUUGUUGGGGGCAUUAAUGAUGAGAACUUAUUUAAGAAGAGGACUACUAGUAAGGAACUAUCACACAUUGACCUUUUCUACGAGACACACAGUAGAAAAGGAACAAGUGAUGACUCUACUCGUGUGGUGGAUCCCCAUGUACAGGAGAAAAUUGAUGAGAUGCGUCAGAUGCUCGAGAUAAAUCUCGAUAUAUCCGAUUAUGAGCUGACCGAGAACGUUUUUGGACGACAAGGGCAAUCAGGGUCAUUGAAAUGGGAUUCGGGGUAA